AUGCCCACAAGAAAAAAUACGCCACUCAGAUCAUCAGGGAUAAAUACUAUCCAAAUAAACGCCGCCAGGGAGAUGCAUGCUCAAACAGUACGCGCUCGAAGAAUGCCCAUCCCAACAACCGGCAUCACCACGCUUUCCGUACAAUCGACUGCAGCACCUACAUCUGGCGCCAUAGCAGUCCCGGCAAUGCCGCCUCGACAUAUUUGUAACAAUCCCAAUAACCCACCCUGCGUACACUGCGGGUCUGUUAUCAUUCCGUCUCCAAGAGCCACGUUGCCCUUGGAGGACAACCCCUCCAUCUCCAUUAACGAUUGGACCAUCUCUUCCAGGAAGAAGCCCAUUCUGAACUCACAGGAACUAGACAUCUGGGAAAACGAAAAACUUAAAGGACUGACCUUGCCAGAGAUGAUUUUUGGUAACAACUACAUCAGGAUCGAAAAUUCGAAGCAGAAUUGGUCCAUAGAAUUCAAUGCCCUGGAUGCUUUAAAGGAGGUUCAACUCCAAGAUUCAGGUAUCCGUGUUGCGUACUCAAAUGACUGGAUAAAUUCUAAAAGGAAACAGAACUCUACAAACUCCGCUCAACGGUUCACUAACGACGUGAGCGACGAUUCCUUAAAUAUCAUACACAAGUACGAUUGGACGUAUACCACACGGUAUAAGGGCACGGAGAACUCACCUGAAUCGAAGUUCCGACUCGACAACAACCAAACGCUGCCCCUCGACAAACUGGCCGUACACGAUAUGAUCCUAUUCUAUGAUGACAUGAUUCUUUUCGAGGACGAAUUGGCAGACAAUGGUAUAUCCAUACUCAACGUCAAAAUAAGAGUCAUGAACGAAAGACUGCUGCUGCUAAGCAGGUUCUUUUUAAGAGUGGAUGAUGUCUUGGUAAGAGUUUAUGACACAAGGCUUUACGUGGAGUUUGAUGAAAACAAAGUGAUCAGGGAAUUCAAGGAAUUCGAAGGUAAGUACCAAGAUGUGCUUGCUAAACACAGGCUGUCUCAAUCUCACGACCCCAAAGCUGCCCUGAGAGAUAGUAACUGGGUCGCACAGAACACGCCAAUGAUGAAAAGGGAGUGCGAAAUAAUUCAGUUUUAA